AUGGUAGACGGAGAUCCAGGUUCACCUACCUGGAAGUUCACACAAUACUUUGGCGACCUCUCAACUUUCGCAACGGAUAGCGCUGAUGCAUCUCGUUUUCCUACAGCUGAUAUCAUAUCAACGGUUGAGUUCGAUCACACGGGAAACUACCUUGCAACGGGUGACAAAGGAGGACGAGUAGUAUUAUUUGAGAGAAACGAGACGAAAAAAACAUGCGAGUAUAAAUUCCAUACCGAAUUCCAAUCUCACGAGCCGGAAUUUGAUUACCUAAAGUCCUUAGAGAUUGAAGAGAAAAUCAACAAAAUAAAAUGGUGCAGACGACAAAAUGCAUCCCACUAUCUCCUUUCGACCAACGAUAAGACCAUAAAGCUUUGGAAAGUGUUUGACAAGUCGUUAAAGGUCGUUGCGGAAAAUAACCUCUCUCAUGAUCUCACACCGGCAGGCGCUGUAGCUGGUGGAGGCAUGCCACGCGCCCCGCAAAUUUCCUUCCGUGACGCAUCCUCGCUCAAACUGCCUCGCCUCACCCAUCACGACACUGUAGUUGUUGCAGUUCCUCGACGUAUCUAUGCUAAUGCCCAUGCUUACCACAUCAAUAGCAUAUCGGUCAACAGUGAUGGCGAAACAUUCAUCAGCAGUGACGAUCUUCGAAUCAACCUAUGGAACUUAAAUAUCCAGGAUCAGAGCUUCAAUAUUGUUGAUAUUAAGCCCGCAAAUAUGGAAGAACUGACGGAAGUUAUUACAGCUGCGGAAUUCCAUCCUACUAGUUGUAACUGGUUCAUGUAUGCUAGUUCCAAGGGAACUAUCAAACUCGCAGAUAUGAGGCAGAGUGCUCUCUGCGAUCAGCAUCACAAACAAUUCGAGCAAGAAGAGGAUGCUUCUUCCCGUUCUUUCUUUUCCGAAAUCAUUUCCUCCAUUUCUGACGUCCGUUUCUCGAAUGACGGGCGCUAUAUACUAUCUCGCGACUACCUAACCGUCAAAAUAUGGGAUGUCAACAUGGAAAGACAGCCUAUAAAAACGAUCCCGAUCCACGAGCACCUCCGCCCCCGGCUUUGCGAUACGUAUGAAAACGACAGCAUCUUUGAUAAAUUCGAGGUGGUAUUUUCCGGCGAUGCGGAGAAUGUCAUGACUGGCAGCUACAACAAUAAUUUUAUGAUCUAUCCCUCCGACCCUAACAAGGAGACCGAAGUUGUCCUCCAGGCCGACAAGACUGCAUUCAAGGCAAAGAAAGUUGGCGUACCGACUCCCAUAAAUUCUUCCGCGUCAACCAAUAAAAAGGGGGGAUCGAGGGCUGGUAGUCCUGCAGGUGCUGGUGGAAGGAUGAAGAAAGAAACAGACGCAGAUCAAAUCGAUUUCAACAAAAAAAUUCUGCAUAUGAGUUGGCAUCCUUUCGAAGAUAGCAUUGCAAUCGCGGCCACUAACAAUCUAUUCGUGUUCUCAGCCCUGUGAAUCGACGCAGAAGGACGAAGAAGGAAAGACGAAAAAGGGAAAAAUAAAAUAAAAAUGAAACAAUGCUGGUUGCAUCGCCUCACCUUGUUCUUGCCCUUGAUUAUAAUAUCCCAGUCCUACACGACACUAUCCACCCAUCUAUCUAUUACAUACACUUACUUCUACUACCUCCAGCAAAAAUCCACCUCGCCCAGUUUAAUUUGUGUUAUCAGGGCAUUAGCAGCAGGCCUUCCGCCAGCAAAUACAAUUUAUUUCCCUCUUUACCUUGAACCCAUUUCGCUCUCCCUUUCCCUCUCCGUCUCUGUCGAUUCUCUUUAUGCUGUGUUGGUCCUCGCGUCUUGAACCCGCGUAGUUUUUACCUCUUGUUUAAUUUGCAAGGAGGGGAAUGAACAAAAAGGAAGGAAAAAUCAUUCAUAAAUUAGGUGCUGAAAUUUCUCUCUCGCUGCCACACACAUGAUUUGCUUUUGGUGCAAGGGAACAAAAGCGGAAGGAUAAUGUAUAAAGGAAUAAAGCUAGUUGAUGUG